AUGAUGUCCAAAACCAAGAAUUCAAGUAUCACUUCAUUCUUCAAAUCAACAACUCAACCUAAACCAACACCAACACCAACACCAAUUAUCAUCAUAGAAGAAGAAGACGAAGAAGAUCAAACCAAAUCGAAUCAACUUCAAUCUUCUACUACUUCUUCAAACCAUCAUUCAUUCCAACCUCAAAAUCCUAAACCAAACAAUAAAUCAAAACAAUCGAACCCCAACACCUGUUCAACCAAACCUACCGAUGAAGAUGACGAAAUCCAAUUUAUUUCAAUCACAAAACCACCAGAACCCAAAUCGAAUCCUAAACCCAAACCGAAACCGAAAUCGAAACCCAAUCAAACUUUCUUAACCUUUGCAGAAUUAGAAGCCAUACGAAAAUCAAAACAAUCAUCAAAACUAAUAGCCACAGAAGCAAGUUGGCCAACCGAUUCACUACAACACAAUCGAGAAUCAUAUCAAUCUUAUUCUACUCAUCAUCAUCUAUCUGAAAUUCCGGUUCAUCAUCCACUCAAAUUCAAAAAAGGAAAAUCAAAACCCAAGACGCGUUUUACAGAAGAAUUAAAAUUAGAUGAAAUUACGUUCUCUGAACCAUUGUUUCCUUCCAACAAAUUACCAAGACUUGAACGAUUAGAUUUAGUUGAACCCUCACAAUUGAUUUCGGAUUUACAAACCAAUUCGGUUUAUCAAAGCCCUUUGAUUUCUAGAAUCUUGAACUUUUUGAAACCUUUACCUCAUCAAACUUCUAUUAGGUUUGAUCAUCCUUCUUUACAAAGACAACAUCAUAGGUCUUCCGCUUCUUCUUCUUUACUAUGGACUCAAAAAUAUGCUCCUAAAAGUUCUUUGGAGGUUCUGGGAGAACAGAAUUUGAAAAAUGUUCAGAUUCUCAAGGCUUGGUUGAAAGAGAUUGCCCUGAAGGAAGCAGAUUCACAAGAUCCUUCUGUAUCUCAACAAUCCAAAACCAGUCAUGGAAAAAAAUCAAAACGAUCAUCUAAUCAUUCCAACAAGACCGGUUCACAGAAACGUACGAUCACUCGAAAAGUAGAUCGAAAAAGUAAAAGAAGAAGAAUGAAUGAUGAGGAUGAGGAUGAUAUACGGGAUUUCAUAGUGGAAUCAGAUGAUGAAGAUUCCGACACGAUUUAUGCAAAAGAUGUAGAUGUAUUGGAUUUUGAAGAAGACCAAAGUGAAGAAGAGAUCAGUAUGAAUAAAUCACCGAGAAAACGAAUCGGAUCAUUUAAAUUUGGAUCUACUUCCAUCGAAACCAUCAACACACCAGAAAAGAUUGAAGAACCUAAGAUCGAGUUUGAGAAUUUAACAAAUCUAAUGUUAUUAACUGGACCGACUGGGAUAGGUAAAACUUCAUCUGUUUAUGCACUGGCCAAUGAAAUCGGUUGGGAUGUCUUUGAACUGAAUUCAGGAGUCUUAAGAAAUCGUAAAGAGAUUGAAAGAUUAGUUGGUGAUGUAGCUAGGAAUCAUGUUUUACCUAAUUCUUCGAAUCAUCAACCUAUCAAAUCUACCACCAAAAAGAAAGUGGAAAAUCCAAAAGGAAAACUUGGGAAUCUGUUUAGUGAAAUGAUGAAAGGAGAAAAAGGUAAGAAAGAUCCAAUCGAAACCAAAGAGAAUGAUUCGAACUCAUCGAUGGUGGAAGAAGUCGAAAUCAAAUUGAAUGGAACUACCAAACAAACUUUGAUUUUAUUAGAAGAAGUGGAUGUAGUCUAUCAACAAGAUAAAGAGUUUUGGUUAGGCGUCAUUCAAUUAAUUUCACAAUCUAUGAGACCCGUGAUCAUGACGUGUAACGAUCGAAACGUUUUACCAACCGAAAGCUUACCUAUUCAAGAUUGUUUAGAAUUCACAUCACCAUCGAUUGAAGAAGCUACCGGUUUGAUGAAAGUGAUUUGUUUGAAUGAAGGUCAUUUGAUCGAUCAUCGAACUUUACAAAGCUUUUAUUCAUCUGAACAUCAGUAUCGAAAACCGAUUGAGAUGGGAAUCGAAUCAGAAAUGGAAGGAAUGGAUCUAAGGAGAUCUUUGAAUAUGUUACAGUUUUGGUGUCAAUGGGCAAUCGGAUGUAAGAUGGGAGGUGUGAGUUGGUUAGAUUUGAAAUCUGAUAAAGAAAGCAAAAUGUUGUUUUCUUCAAAUUCGUUACCUAUCUCUAGAAUCGAACAAGAUUUAAGUGAAAUGAGUGUUGAAGAACGAAUUAAAGAGAUGGAUAAGAAAGAUUAUCAGGGUUUGCAGGGUUUGUGGGAUGGAUUGGAUUUGUUUGAAAAAACUGUCAAGGGUUUGGAAAUCAGAUCGUUUGUGGAUGGGUUUAUUGAUAAACGUGAAAAAGUACAAAUUCAAAACUUUGAAUGGGAUUUAAAUGUAGAUGAAACUGAUGAGAUCGUCUUACCAAACCUAACGAAAUGGUUAGAAAAAGAUGAGUUUAAUGAGUUUUGUUAUAGAGAAAGUUUAGCAAGUGAUGAUCAAGAAAGAAUGAAUGCCAUUCAGAUUAGAAUGAAGUUAAUUGGAAUCCUAGAUGAAUUUGAUGAAAGGAAAUUCCAAAUCGAAAGGUAA